AUGAUUUGUCCAGGUGAAGAGGGUACACCGUUGCCGUAUACCGCAUCACCGGUGCAACUACUGUGGAGCGACUUGGUCCUCUUCGUCAAUAAGAUCUGGGCGCUACCAGGAAUCUUUCUGCCCCUGAAUCUAAGUCGCACCGGGCCAUGGGAUGAGUUCUAUCCGUCAUUGAACAAUGCAUUCAUUGUGGUGCUACACAUGUUUCUGAUGGCUUACCAGGUUGCGCUCCUGUUUUCGCUGCCAGUCAUGGUAAUCUUUAUGGUACCCGCUCUUUGGAUUCUAGUCUAUUUAACCAGUGCUCUACUGCUCAAUUACGUGGUUGUUAUGUUUGGAUUAAAUGGAUUUCGGCGAAUUCUCAUCUCCCAAGUGCCUGUGACCGAACGGCCGGGUCAUGACCGCGAGUCUUGGUUUUACAUCAAUGGGAUUGCAGCUGGGAGUCGAUGGGUUCAGAUGAAUGUUGAUCAGCUGUCCAGCACCUUCGGGCGAAGGGUAAUCGGCAUCCACAACCGCACCGCCGGUAUUGUCUUUGAUUUAAUUGAAUGCCUUAUUCAACGGGACUUUUCUUAUGCUACCGGUGAUAUCAGAGACUCUUAUGCCUGCGUCAAAAAAGCGCUGUUGGAUCCAGAAUGUGACAAGGUGGUCCUGCUCCUCCACAGUCAAGGUGGCAUCGAAGGCGGACUCGUCAUGGAUUGGCUUUUGGAUGAAAUACCCCACGAUAUUCUCUCCAAAUUAGAGAUAUUCACAUUCGGGUCUGCUGCGAAUCAUUUCAACGCGCCCCGGUGGGCGAAGCUGGCAAGCCCUGACAUUGUCUCAGCGACCGAUCUAGUGCAUCAACAUGGAAAUUCAAUUGGCUACAUUGAGCACUACGCUAACGCAGCUGAUAUUGUGGCCCUGGGAGGUGUACUUCACUUUGUGGAUAUUCCAAAUCGAUACCUGGGUCGCUUGUUUGUUCGACCAAGCUCGGGUCAUCUACUGAAUCAGCAUUACCUAGACAACAUGUUCACUCUGGGUUCCGAUAAAAAGGUUCUUGAGUCCAACCAAUUCAUGGACUUGGAGGUCGAGCCAUGUGCCUCUGGUAUAACCUCAUAUCUGAGUUCUUCACAAAGAGUCAAGUAUCGACCUAUAGCCCGAGACAAGGAUUUCCUCACGGCAUUGAGCCAGCAAACGCAAACCAAGGUCGGAGAUGGGAUACUUCGAGUCAAAGACUUCAGCCGUCUUUGGCAAUACAGAAAUGGAAGAUCGCCUGAACUUCAUGUACGCAGAAACACUGAUUGA